AUUGGAUGCACCCAGCCACUGGCUGUUGUAGCAACCCAAUGCGACACCGGGGUGUGUUAAAUUUCUAUGUAUAAUUUUGUUUAGAAAAAAGACUAUUAAAGAGUAAAAUUUUAAUUUUAUAAGUUCAUUGGCUUUAAAAAUGCUUGAUUAUCAUUUUUGGAUUAUUUAUUGAACCGCGGUUGCGUUGAUAUACCGCGAACCAGGAGCGACGACUGUUGUGUGAGAUCUGUGAACUCCAACGUGACCGUUUGGCUUUAAAAUUUAGAAUUUUCUAGCAUUUCUGACACUUCUGUGAACCAGAAACAACAUGUCUUCUAUUAGCAGUCUAAUUCCUGCGCGGUUUCUCACCAUCAUAGCUCACCUUGUCAUCGUCAUCACAAUCUUUUGGUCCAGGGAGAAUAAUGUGAAGGCAUGUUUGCCUUUGGAGUUUACUCAGGAGCAGUAUGACACAGAAGACAGAAAGUUGGUUGUAGCCUUGUCAGCCACUCUUGGUCUGUUUGCUAUCGAGCUAGCAGGCUUCUUUUCAGGAGUCUCCAUGUUCAGUUCCAGCCAGGGUCUUCUGUCAACAGGAGUCCAUGCCAGUGCCUCUGUGGCUUUGCUCUUUUUUCUGUUUGAGCAGUGGGAGUGUGACAUCUACUGGUGGAUCUUUGCUAUUUGCAGUGUCUUGCCAGCUUUUGUGGAGAUUCUUCUGUUUAUUGCGGUUUUUGGACUGAAGAAGAAGCCGUUAUGAAGAGGAGUUGAUUCAGAUUGAAUGGAUGAACGCUUCCAUUUGUUGCUACAAGACAGUAGCUGCAGAAAUUCAGUUAUUAGAUCACCUUAAAAAGGGGCCAACAUUGUUAGAAUUUCUUCAGCAGGCAUCAAUAGAUCCAGAAAGAAUGUUUUUUUUUUCAAUCUUUGUAAAUAUAUUUUGAACUAUGUAAUUACAAAAAAUAAUUAUACUAUGUUGUUUGUUUUGAAUAAGUUGGAGAGUUAGCAAAAGUUUAAAAUGUAAACCAAGUUUUUUGUUGUCAGUAGUGUAUUUGUUUCUCAUGUAAAGCUUUUCAACGCUAAAUCCAAAAUACAUUUAUACUUUUUUAAAUAAG